AUGAAACUACUCGCCGGCAUCUUCGCUGCGGCGGCUCUUCAAGUCGCGGCCCAGCCGCAUCGCCACGCGCAUCGCCAUGCACCGCAAGGCGUUGUUAAGCGCGAGCCGGACUCGGUGACCAAUGUCGUCUACGUCCCCGGACCAGUCGUGACAGUGGUUAGAUAUGAGCUCAACGGUCACGAGAUCUCUGAGGCCGAGGUCCGUCAGGGCAUUGCCAACGGAACCUUCACCUGGGGCGACGAUGGCGUCCUCUCCUCGUCGGCUCCGCCUGUUGCCGAACUUGCUCAGGCAACACCGGCACCAGAAGAACCGGAGAUGCAGCCGCAGCCGAAUCAAGACCCCGUCCCGAGCGAGGCUCCGCCCGAGAACACGCAGCCCGUGGAGACGCCAAGCUUGACUCCAAGUGCGCAACCUGAAGCAGCAGCACCCUCGUCUUCACCAGGCUCAUACCAGCCAGUUGAUCAAGACGGAAAUUGCCCUGAUUGCGACAAGCCUUUCCCUAACGGAACGAUUUCGUGCGACUCCUUCCCAACCGGCUAUGGUGCAGUCCACCUCAGCAACGAAGGCUUGGGUGGAUGGACCGGUAUUCAAGAUCCGGUGGAUACGGGGGCUAACGGCUUCGACAACAUCAUGACCGUUCCCAAGGGUUCGUGCGACGAUGGAACCUGUUGUACAUCGGGACGCUUCUGCUCCUAUGCCUGCCCCAACCCGUACCUCAAGAUGUCGUUCCCGAGGAAGCAAGGAGCGACUGGCCAAUCCGUGGGUGGGCUUUACUGCAACAACGCCGGAAAGCUCGAAAUGGCCGACGGCUCUAUUGGCAAUACUCUUUGCGGCAAAGGAUCUUCUCACAUGAAGGUCAAGGUCCAGAACAAGCUAUCAAAGCCUGUUUCUAUCUGUCGCACCGACUACCCGGGUACCGAAUCUGAGACCAUACCAUUGACCGUUCAACCCGGGCAAACCGGUGAGCUGGCGAAUCCAGACCAGAGCGCGUAUUAUUUCUGGCAAAACGCGCCUACGUCUGCGCACUACUAUAUCAACAAACAAGGCGUUCCGGAAAGCGAAGCUUGUACCUGGAACAGCCAGAGCAACGGCGCGGUCGGAAACUGGGCGCCGCUUAUCUUCGGGACUUCCUUUGACGACCUUCGACAGCAUAUGGGCUACACAAGCUUGAAGCAAAAUGAGCUUAUCUGGAAUGACCGCGCAGAUUUUACGGCCACCUUCACGGGCGACGGGGUCACGAAUCCCUGCAAGUUCGUUGGUUCCACGGGCGAAUUUUGCUCUGACGGCAACUGCGGUCAUGACGUGAAUUGCACGGCUGCUGUCAAUGACGGCAGCACCCUCACUCUGGUGUUUACCGAUGACUAA